UGUGGGAGGGGCGCGGGCGGGGCUGUUGCCAUCUCUGGAGGUUCUGGGUCGUCAGAGGUGGAGAGUAUGAGGCGAGCUUUGGCCCCGGCAUACCCCGGCUCCGCCGGGCAAGGAGCCGCCGCUGCCGCCGCCGCCGUCGUCGUCUAAGCUGGUGCCCGCGAGGCCCGGCGCGCGGAUGGUGCGGGAGAAGCGCGGGGGUUGAUCCGGCCGCGUCCCCGCCCCGUCCUCCCCGCCCCCGCGCGGUGGUCCCCGCCAGCCCUGCCUCGCCAUGUCUCGGGGCGGCUCCUGCCCACACCUGUUGUGGGACGUAAGGCGACGGUCGCUGGGGCUGGAGGACCCGUCCCGGCUGCGGAGCCGCUACCUGGGUUAAUACAAUCUGUUGGAAUGACACUGGAGAAUAUAUUUUAUCUGGCUCAGAUGACACCAAGUUAGUAAUUAGCAAUCCUUACAGCAGAAAGGUUUUGACAACAAUUCGUUCGGGCCAUCGAGCAAAUAUAUUUAGUGCAAAAUUCUUACCCUGCACAAAUGAUAAGCAGAUUGUAUCCUGCUCUGGAGAUGGAGUUAUAUUUUACACUAACGUUGAGCAAGAUGCAGAAACCAACAGACAGUGCCAAUUUACGUGCCAUUAUGGAACUACCUAUGAGAUUAUGACUGUACCAAACGAUCCUUACACUUUUCUGUCCUGUGGUGAAGACGGGACCGUUAGGUGGUUUGACACACGCAUCAAAACUAGCUGCACAAAAGAAGAUUGCAAAGAUGAUAUUUUAAUUAACUGUCGACGUGCUGCCACAUCAGUUGCUAUUUGUCCCCCAGUACCAUAUUAUCUUGCUGUUGGUUGUUCUGAUAGCUCAGUACGAAUAUAUGAUCGGCGAAUGCUGGGUACAAGAGCUACAGGGAAUUAUGCCGGUCGAGGGACUACUGGAAUGGUUGCCCGCUUUAUCCCUUCCCAUCUUAACAACAAGUCCUGUAGAGUGACAUCUCUGUGUUACAGUGAAGAUGGUCAAGAGAUUCUCGUUAGUUACUCUUCAGAUUACAUCUAUCUUUUUGACCCAAAAGAUGAUACAGCACGAGAACUUAAAACUCCUUCUGCAGAAGAGAGGCGAGAAGAGUUACGACAACCUCCCGUUAAGCGUUUGAGACUUCGUGGUGAUUGGUCAGAUACUGGACCCAGAGCAAGGCCCGAGAGUGAACGAGAACGAGAUGGAGAGCAAAGUCCCAAUGUAUCACUGAUGCAGAGAAUGUCUGAUAUGCUGUCGAGAUGGUUUGAGGAAGCAAGUGAAGUUGCACAAAGCAAUAGAGGACGAGGAAGAUCUCGACCCAGAGGUGGAACAAGUCAGUCGGAUGUUUCCACUCUUCCUGCGGUCCCCUCAAGUCCUGAUCUGGAAGCAGGCGAAACUGCAAUGGAUGUAGAUGCUCCAGCCGAGCCGUUUCUUCAGCCUUCGACGUCGUCCACUGGGUCUGCUCAGGCUCAUUCAGUGAGCUCUUCCACCGGGAGCCCGCGCUCGACGUCUUUGCUGUCUUCUCCAGACAGUGAGCAGAGGCAGCCUGCCGAAGCCUCUGGACACCAUGCGCAUCAUCAGUCUGAAUUUUUAAGGGGGCCUGAGAUAGCUUUGCUCCGUAAGCGCCUGCAGCAGCUGAGGCUUAAGAAGGCUGAGCAGCAGAGGCAGCAGGAGCUGGCUGCGCAGAGCCCGCAGCAGCCCUCCACUUCCCAUCAGCCUUCCUGUGAGGGCGCCUCCCAGGACCCUCAAGCUCCAGAUUCUCCUUCUUCUGUGGUUAACAAACAGCUCGGAUCCAUGUCACUUGACGAGCAACAGGAUAACAAUAAUGAAAAGCUGAACCCUAAACCAGGGACAGGUGAACCAGUUUUAAGUUUGCACUACAGCACAGAAGGAACGACUACAAGCACAAUAAAACUGAACUUUACAGAUGAAUGGAGCAGUACUGCCUCAAGUUCUAGAGGAAAUGGAAGCCAUGGAAAAUCUGAGGAUCAGGAGGAAUCCCUGGUCCCCCAGAGCUCAGUGCAAACUCCAGAAGGAGACAGCGAAGCAAAAGCUCCUGAAGAAUCAUCAGAGGAUAGAACAGAAUGUCAGGAAGAUACAACUGUGGAAAACCAAGCUCAGAAUCGAAUAGACACAGCACAAUUAGAUAACCUCACAGCCGAGCCAUCGGAUCCCAACUCAGGAGAAAGAAAUGCUGUUGCUCUUGAUAGCCCUUGUGCAGCUCCGGAAGAGCCUUCGCUGUCUGAAAACAGCAAGGAAGCAGAAAUGUCAGAUCAGACUAGCAGUGAGAGCACCACCAAUCAGGCCAACCCCAAUCCCGAGCCCCAGUCCCAAACAGAAGCCAUGGGGUCUUCAUCUCAUGAAGAAUCAUCCGCCAGGGACGCUGCUCUACAGGACACAGAUGACAGUGAUGAUGACCCCGUCCUCAUCCCAGGGGCAAGGUACCGAGCAGGACCUGGUGAUAGAUUUAAUAUCAGAGGAACAACAAUAGGUGAUAGAAUAAUGAGACGCUCUGCUGUUGCCCGUAUUCAGGAGUUCUUCCGGCGGAGAAAAGAAAGGAAAGAAAUGGAAGAAUUGGAUUCCUUGAACAUUAGAAGGCCACUAGUAAAGAUGGUUUAUAAGGGUCAUCGCAACUCCAGGACAAUGAUAAAAGAAGCCAAUUUCUGGGGUGCUAACUUCGUAAUGAGCGGCUCUGACUGUGGCCAUAUCUUCAUCUGGGAUCGGCACACUGCCGAACACUUGAUGCUUCUGGAAGCGGAUAAUCACGUGGUGAACUGUCUACAGCCACAUCCAUUUGACCCAAUUCUAGCCUCAUCUGGCAUAGAUUAUGACAUAAAGAUCUGGUCACCACUAGAGGAAUCAAGGUUUUUUAAUCGAAAACUGGCUGAUGAAGUUAUAACUCGAAACGAACUCAUGCUGGAAGAGACUAGAAACACCAUCACUGUUCCAGCCUCUUUCAUGCUGAGGAUGCUGGCGUCACUGAAUCAUAUCCGCGCGGACCGCUUGGAGGGUGACAGAUCAGAAGGCUCCGGUCAGGAGAAUGAAAACGAAGAUGAGGAAUAAUCAACUUUUUUGGCAAGCACUUCAAUGUUCUGAAAUUUGUACAAGACAUUUACUAUAUUUUUUCUUUACAGAACUUUAGUGCAAUUUUAAGGUUAUGGUUUUUUGGAGUUUUUCCCUUUUUGGGGGAUAACCUAACAUUGAUUUGGAAUGAGUGUGUGCAUGAAUUUGGGAGAGUGUAUAAAAACAAAACUAGCAAAAUGUUUGUAAAACUUUUUGCUGUGUAUGAGGAGUGCUAGAAACUGCAAAGUGCAAUAUUUCCCCUCGCCUUCAGAUGUGGGAGCUUAGAUCAAUGUUGAAGAGUAAUUUUCAUUAUAGUGAAAAUGCUGGUUCAAAUAAAUUUCUACACUUGCCAUUUGCAUGUUUGUUGCUUUCUAAUUAAAGAAAUUGGUUGUUUUAAGAUACCCUAAA